AUGAUGGGCCGGCCGACGUCUAUGGUCAUGGGAGAAGAUCUCGCUGAUAUCGUGGCGCGGCACCGCGCAGAAACAGCAGCCAAGCUAGAAGGAAAGAUUGAUCCCAUCGUCCCUAUCAGUCGACAGCAUGGCGCGCCCUCCAAAAAGCGGGAAGGCCGUGCGCCACGAGACAGCCAUGGUGUCAAAGGGUCAACUAGGAACUCAAAGAGAGAUUCGCGUCUGUCCAUGAUAAGCCAGCACCUUGCAAUCUCGGCGGCAACAACAGGUGCUGGCCACGGCCCGGGUGCAUUAUUCGCGGACCUGCAAGCUAGCCAACAUGAGGAGAGUUGCGUUUCACAUCGACAGAGUAUCUUCCAUGAGGAUAUACAAGAACAAAGACCUGGCAAUCCAGUUCCUCCGCAACAAGUCAAAAGGUGGAGCCGGUGGCAAUAUAGCAUGAUCAACCCUGGUUUAGGUCUUGGCCAUGGAGUGCAUAACGACGACGAGGCUGUAUUCUCGGAACAAGCCAACUACAUUCGAGCUAUGAUUGAAUCCGGAAAUUUCGACAUGCGGCACCUUCGACUAACCAAAGAGGCUGCUUCGGACCCAGCAUUCCAGACGGCACUCCAUGCUGCCUUAGAGAGUUUCCCACCAGGUGUGGCAGCUCAGAUCAUCGAGGAGGCCCAUUUGCACGAGGAUAUACGUGAUGAAGAUGUGCCGAAACCCGUUUCGCCUUUGCGAAGGGCAAGGCACAGCAUACAAAUUGCUAGCAGGACGGCUUGGCAAGAUAUUCGCACUGCAAGUAACAGAUGGUCUCGGAUAGGCCCCCAGAGACUCGCGGAUAUCAGAGGAUACGAAAAGCCACGGUUGGCUCGGAGAGUAUGGUCGAGAGUCUCCUGGAAUCGGAAACCCACGCAAGCUAUGGCCUUUUAG